AUGCACUGGAUUAAAACGCUGCUUGCGCUUCUCGUGGCGCCCGUCGUCAGCCAAGAGGGCGCCUGGUCCAUCAACGUCAAGAUGACCAACUCGCUCGUGACCAAGUACUUUGACGUAAUCAGCGCGUCGUCGAGCUACCUCAACGCGACCUCCGACAAGAUUUGCACGACCACGAUUGCGACCGUCGACACGCAGCUCGUGUCGGGCACCAACUACCGAUACCACGUGAGUGGCUGCGCCAUCAACACAGUCCCGGCCGCCAACCGCACCUGUUCGUGCGCCAACAAGACCGUGCGAGCCUACGCUGUUAGCAUCUACGAGCCGUGGAUAAAUACGCGCUUCAUCACGGGUGUCGAGGUCGAGCAAUCGGCCAGCGUUCCGGGCCGCACGUCGUACGGCCACGUCGUCACAAGCAGCGCCAUGGCGUACUACUACAAGGCCUUGAACACGGCGCGUUGGCGUGGCACCACCAACUUCCCCACACUCUGCGCGAACCGAUUUACGAGCCUCGACAUCAUCGCUGGCGGCUUGUACACACUGCACAUCCAAACGUGCGCCGUCGAGAGCCAUGCCAAGACCGGCCCCGGGUGCAAGUGCAACGGCGCCCCGCUGACCAACUACGCCGUGACGCCAUGUCGGGCCUCCUGCGGCUUUUACAACGUCGCGAUGGACGAAUAA